CCCCCCUCCUCCUUUUAAACUUCGCAUUCUCUCUCUCGUUUGAUUCGAAACAAUCUCUGUCUCGCGCAUAAACAACGCGCAGGAGUCGUCUCCCCGUCCCUAAACCCCAAGAAAACCCCCAUGGCGUCGUCGGCCGGCAGGACCGAGAGGGGCGGCCGGGAGCUGAGGAUGUCCAUCGAGGAGGUGGCCAAGAAGCUGUCCCUGUGGCACACCGCCACGUUCCAGCCCAUCCUGACCCACGACGAGCUGGAGCCCAUCCUCGCCGCGGCCGGCUUCGUCGCGCUGCCGGCGCCGAAGGAGGAGGAGCUGCCGCCCUCGGCCGGUACGGCGGUGGCGUGGCGGGAGUACGCGUUCCUGGGGGCCAAUGCGGCGGCGUGGCGGGGCCCGGACCCGCGGCCGCGGCUGCCGUACCCGCGCGUCGACGGCCUGCACCUCAAGACGUACGAGGCCUUCCUCGGCGCCGUGGAGGCCUACCUCGGCGCCGGCCGCGUCUCCAACCUCUUCCACGUCAGGCUGAUGCCGGUGACCAACCCGAACGACCGGAUGUUCGACAAGGUGUACCGUGCGAUGCGGAACUUCAGCCCGGAGGAGGACGGGCUGAUCGUGUACCGGGAGGGCACCCUGGACGACCUCACCUUCAAGAUGUGCAGCCACCACACCGCCAUCAGGGACGUCGGCCACCAUGUCAUCCCGGGCAUCAGCUGCAGCGAUCUCGGCUACCUCCGCAAGGUGGACGGCAACUGCCACGAGGAGGGCUGCUGCGGCGCCAGAUGCCCGGCAGCCGGCCACGACUUCUUCCCCGUCCCGCUCAAGGAUCUCUUCCCUAACUGACCAGUUGAGACUUGAUUGUUGCAAGCUGCAUUAGCGCAAUCUUGAAGAUGGUCAGGAGGGUAGGCAGUGGACGGAUUAACAGUUAUAGUUUUGAGGCGUGAGGUGAUUGCCGUGGACAUUGUGUUGGGCAGGCUUUUGUUCUUCAGUUUCUUCUCGGUUUUGUACAAUCUGUUGUAUGCAUGCAUGUUGAGUGAGUUCUUCAGCGGCAUAAAAGUUCUGGACAGAUGUCUGUAGCUGGGUUUGGAGGAUAGACCAUGAAAACAUGAUGGUGGAGCAAUUAUUAGUU